AUGGCCUCUAAUCAGCGGCACCUGUCCACCACGCAUCCCCCGAGUCCCGCACAGUCGCGCAGUGUUACAGAGCUUCCAGAACGGACGCAUCCCCGAUAUCUUCAGAUUUCCAAGCCCGGAUCGUCCUUGUUGUCGCUCAACUGGCCACGGCCUCCCCGCAAUCUGCUGCUGGUGCAGAAGCUCUACUCUCCCGAGGUGACCGAGUCUGUCGUCCAGUUUGCAAAGCACAUCCGAAGCGACUAUCCCGAAGUCAACAUUGUCAUUGAAGCCCGCGUUGCCGUACCGAUCCAACAAGAGCUCGACUUCCCCAUCUUUGUCGUCGACAACGGCACCAGCAUUGCCGACAAGAUCGAUGCUAUUGCGACCUUUGGCGGCGAUGGCACCGUUUUGCGUGCUGCAAGCUUAUUCAAGCUACACGGAUCCGUUCCCCCAAUCUUGUCUUUUAGUAUGGGCACCUUGGGAUUUCUAGGGGAAUGGAAUUUUGCAGAGCACAAGAAGGCGUGGAGGGAAAUGUACAUGAGCGGGAGCGACGUCAGCGCGGGGCGCAAUGCAGCGGUACCAAGAAGAAGAGAUGAUGGCAUGGACACGAGCAGAACCUCUGGCGAGGGCUGGGAGAGGGUCAAAGGCAAGAGCAUGGGAAUGAACAGAGCAUCUCGAGUCUUGCUGCGGCACCGAAUCAAGGCCGACAUCUUUGACCGGGCCGGUAACAACAUCAACCACCAAGUCUCCAAUACUUUGGCAAGCCAGCCAAAGUCGGGGAUUGCUUCUCCAAAAGAGAUAUCGCCUCCCCUGCGCGCCAUCAACGAAAUCUCAGUCCACCGUGGCUCGCACCCGCACCUGGCCAUCAUUGACAUCUACCAAAACGGCCAUUUUCUUACUGAAACGACGGCCGACGGCAUCCUCAUCAGCACCCCUACCGGUUCAACCGCUUAUAGUCUAAGCGCUGGAGGGCCUAUUGUGCAUCCACUGGUGAAGUCGCUGCUCAUUACCCCCAUCAGUCCUUGCAGUCUCAGCUUCCGAUCCCUCGUGCUACCAUUGGACACAAAGGUGACGCUUCGGAUGAGCCCCAAGAACAGAGGUCGCGAACUAGAUCUCAGCAUCGACGGUCGACGAUGUGCCGGUGUCUCACCCGGGUCGGAGAUUCACGUUGAAGGCGAAUUCGUUGGGCGAGCAGGGCCUGGCGAGGAGUGGCACGGCGGCGUCCCGUGCGUGAUACGAACAGAGGAUGAUGAUCCAUGGGUUGGCGGCCUCAAUGGACUCCUUAAGUUCAACCACCCCUUUGGCAGAGAGCCCCCCAACGAGGACUUUUCUGACUAG